AUGGCUCCCCGAUCACCGCUCGGCAUGCGCGCGCUCCUCGGUCUCCUCUCCAUCACCGUCGCGAUUCUCGCCGCGCUCGUCCCGACUGUCCUGUCCGCGGCCGUCCAGCACCAGAUCGACAUCGGCGCGCUUCCAUUCGACCGUGCCGCGCUCUACCUCCUGGUUACCAGUGGCGACGUCGCAGUAACCAUCGGCGGCGAAACCUUCUGCGAAGACUACUGCAGCAAGCAGUCGACGCUCGAGCUGCGCGGACCUAAUGGAUCCGUUGGGAAAACCAAGUUCAUUCACACGGGUGACGUGUUCACGCGCUGCCCCGACCGCUGCACCUUCCGCGCCGCUCACUCAGCUGAGCCCAACCCACUCCGCCACCUCCUUCGCCACCUAGGCUCGGCAAUUACCGAGUCUGUUCCCGGACUUGAUGCCGGACCCAUCAUUGCAUCCGAGUUCCCCGAACGUGAGCUCCUGUCUCCAGCCACGGUUGACGAGCCAUCUGCUUCCCGUUCGGCAACGGAGCAAGAGGAGGGGAACGCCACUGUCGCCCCCGCUACAACCGCCAAGAUGUGUGCCGCCUCCCCAACAGAGACCUUCAUCCAUGCGAUUACGUACGGAAGCAACUCCUCAGGUGUUUCUUCAGGUGCUCCCGCAGGGGACAUCUCCACAUGCGCAGCUGCUUCAGUCGGAGCCAUGGUCGUGCCUCCAGCGGUUGCUGACCGAGCCAAGUAA